AUGAGCAACCCGUACCAGUCGUCGCGUCCCGAUGAGUCGCACAUGCCCAAGCGCGAUGCCCCCAAGCCCACCGAGGCGAGCGAGUACCUCUGCGGUGACUGCGGACACAAGACGUCGAUCAAGAUGGGCGAGCUUAUCCGUUGCCGCGAGUGCGGACACCGUGUCAUGUACAAGCCGCGUACCCACAAGACAGUUGUCCAGUUCGAGGCGCGGUAG